CUCCCUUCAGCAGUUUAAUUACAGCAUUCCUUUGAGCCAAAUCAGAAGUAGAUCUAACACAGGCGUCACUCAUACUGACACUUUCAGGAACUGACUUACAGGCUGUUAUGGUCAGACUUCUACAAGCUGAAAACAUGUUUGUGUGUCACACUGUACUGCGGUGUGUCUGGCUUACUUUAAUUCUGUUAUGGAUCUGGAUCUGGGAGACUGGUUGUGACAUUUUCUAUGAAACCCAGGAGGAGGAGGUUUUCCAUUCUGACAAACAGACCACACUGAGAUGGAGUUCUGACCCACCCACAGAAUGGGAAGACAUCCAGCUGAGACUGGGUACAAUGAGUAUGGUGCCUGUGCUCCAAGCUUGUAAAGGAAGCAGAAAAAGAACAGUUUUAAGCCAGUGGAUGGAGCGUAGAGAUGCCCACCAUCUACUGAUGGAUAUUGCAUUUGCCCAAGAAGAGGAGCCAUCUGGUCAGCUCAGUCCACUACAAGUUCACUUUUUUGACUCAGACACACCCAUUGCAAGGUUUCAAAAUAGUGAGAAAGUCCUGGACCUCCAGACCUCUAAGCCAUUUGCUAACACAGUCCCACCAAACCAAAUAUCCAGCUACCUGAACCACAGCCUGGCUCUGAGCCUGGGCUCUGCCAGCCUCAGAGGCUUCCAUCUUGCCUUCUCCUACUCAGGAACAUGUGUGCUGAUAACAUCUAUCAGACUGUACUACAGGAGGUGUCCUGACAUUAUGGCUCACCUGACCUUGUUUAAGGGGACAGGGGCCGGGUCGGGUCACCUGAAGGGUUCUUGUGUGCAGGGAGCUGUUGAGGUUUCUCCGCCUAUAAGAGAGUGCAGUAUGGAUGGAGUAUGGAGUGCACUGCAGGGGGGAUGUACCUGUGGACCUGGGCAUCAAGUUAUAGAUGACACCUGUCAAGCAUGUAGGAUGGGCUACUACAAACCAGCCAAUGAGAGUGGAGGAUGCCGGCCAUGCCCACCGAAUAGCAAGACACAUGGAGGGGGAUCGGAGAGGUGUGACUGUCUCCAUGGUUUUAGCCGCCUACCAGCUGACCCUAAUGACCUUGGAUGCACCAAGCCACCCUCCGCCCCUGUGAAUCUAACAGUCCGUCAUCAUAAUGACUCUGUGCUGAUAGUUACGUGGGAUCCGCCUCACGACUGGGGAGGCAGACCACAAGUGAAGUAUCGUCUCAAGUGUGAGAAGGAAGCUGAGGUUGGAAGUCGGUGGGGUUUGUGUGGGGAAGAUGUGGCUGUUCUUACGGACUCAGAUGGGCUGAUCAGCACAUCAGUCAGCAUCACGGGACUGAAUCCGCAUCGCGACUACAGACUGUCAGUGCAAGCCUGGAAUGAUAUAUCCACCCUGCAGGGGGCGCCACCAACAUCCACUGCCACUGUUACUAUUCAUAGAUGGAAAGUUCCUCCUGUGGUGACCGUGACUCCAGCCUUAAACAUCUCACACCAUGAAGCACUACCAGCUCCUCAGAGCCAAGGUCGAUUUGCAGCAUGGCUAACAGUUGGUGUUUUAUUUGGCAGCCUGCUACUCAUGGCUGUAAUCCCGAUUGCUAUGUGUUUCCUGCGACCCAAAUAUUCCAUACUCAGGUCUGACCGGGGUCUUUUGCCAAUGACCGUUGAAUUUUCCUACCGACGUCCACAGGAGUUGGAGACUUCAUCCCAGCAGACCAGUGAGACAGAAGGUGUGGCCCAGUUGUUGGAGGGACUCAGUGGCAGGCUGCUGGCCAGUCUUAAGGACAUCCUGGUAGAGAGAAACAAGCUCACCCUGGGAAAGGAGCUUGGCAGAGGAGAGUUUGGCUCAGUCUAUGAAGGGGUCUUUACCACAAAUGAAGAGGUGCACAUCAAGGUGGCUGUGAAGACCAUGAGAGUUGGAAUCCACAGCCAGGCAGACUUACAUGAGUUUUUGAGCGAGGCAGAGAUCAUGCAGAACUUUGAUCAUGAAAAUGUGGUCAGGUUGCUUGGGGUCACUUUUCAGAGAGAGCAGGAGUCUCCUGUGCCUGUUCCUUUGGUCAUCCUACCCUACAUGAAACAUGGAGACCUGCGCCGCUUCCUCAUUGAUACUCGUUAUGGUGAUGUUCCUAUGUUUGUACCCGAUCAGAGUCUCCUGCGCUUCAUGAUUGAUAUUGCAGCAGGGAUGGACUACCUGAGCACACGGGGGUUCCUGCAUAGAGACCUGGCUGCACGCAACUGCAUGUUGGGUGAUGACCUAAGGGUUUGUGUGGCUGACUUUGGUCUGUCCAAGAAAAUCUACAGCAGCAAUUAUUAUCGUCAGAGAGUAACUAUCCGUGUGCCAAUCAAGUGGAUGGCCAUAGAGAGCCUGUCUGAGUCUGUCUACACCACCAAAAGCGAUGUUUGGUCAUUCGGGGUAACCAUGUGGGAGAUUGCAUCGCGGGGAAGGACCCCUUAUCCAGGAGUUCACAACCACGAGGUACUGGACCUGUUACAGUUGGGAAAAAGGCUCAAACCACCUGAGGACUGUGACCACAAACUUUAUGAAAUCAUGCUCAGCUGCUGGGAUAAGGAGCCAACCCGCAGGCCUGGCUUCAGGGAACUGGGCGAGACACUGAAAGGUCUUCUGUCGGAGCUUCCUGUGCUGGAGGCCAGCCAGGAGGCCAGCUACAUCAACCAAGUCCUGGAAGUUUCUGCUACUGUGGCUGCCUCUCAGGAUCCACAGACAGACUCUGAGGGAAGACUGAAAAAUGUCUACUUGCCUACUCCUGUGGGUGCUGCUGCAGCCAGAGAUGUGGAUGUGGAAGUAGAGGAUGGGUACCUUAGAUUUAUUAGAGGCUCAGUAGUUAAGGAGGAUAAUCAUUAAAAAAAAAAGACAGUUUUUAUUUGUUACAAGAUAUAAGAGGACCUCUUAUAAACCGUGUGUGUGUCAGAGAGAGAGACAGAGAUGUUUUGUAUUUAGAAGCCACCCUUUGCUAAAUAGGAGUUAAUGAAGAGCAAGAGGACAUAAAGUAAAACAUUUUACUGAAUACUGCACUAUGUAAAAAUAUAUAUGACGUAUUACUGGAAAAUACUGUUACAAGUAAAGGCCAAUAUUCCACAGGCUACAAUCUGUCCAUUUAUGUCAGAAAAGGGGGAAAACCAGAAAUAUAUUCAAAUUCUUUGAGAUCAAAACUAUGAAAAUUUAAAUAAUUGGAUAAGUCAAUCAAUGGAUAGGUCAAAGUUUUAUGUUGUGAUGUCACAAUUACUAUAAUUAUGCGGUAAAUCAAAAUGUUAAGAUAAUUCAAAACUCUAACGUAAUUUUCAUUCAAAAAAACCAAAACCAAAACAUUUUAACUCAAGUAUCCCAAGUGCAAUGUUAAUUUUGACACAGUAUCUCAUAAUGUUGACCAACCAAUCUUUUGUGUCAUUGCCAACAUUUUGUUUUUCUGCCAUAAAUGAUAUUUAGCUGGACUGUUGAGUGAAUGUGAAGAUUGAUUCAAAUUCAAGAAAUAUAUAUGUAUGUAAAUAUGUAAAUAUGCAGCAAAUUCACACUACAGCCACAGCAAUAAUCACAAAAGUCCUUAUUAGGUCUACCAUUUCAAGUAGUUGCACUCUGAGUUCCCAGGUAUCCUAACACUUUGUCAAACUUUGCUGUAAGAAGGUCUUUCUGACACUUAAUACCAAAUCUUGUAAAUGUACAGUGUUCUUAUGUGAUCUUAAUGAUUCAGGGAUACACCCCAGCAGAGAUAACAUUGGAUUAGAUUAGAUUAAUUAUCACACUAACCUCAGUACAUACAGUUUGCCAAAACCGCUGAAUCUUUUCACAUUUCCAGAAGCAGUGAAAUCUUGUACCUAAAAUAGUCUUACAUUUUGGGCAGUUUGGAGAAGCUCCUGUUGUAUAUUGACUGUACUUAUAUGGAGAUAUAUAGACAUUUUGUAAGAUAUUAUACUGCAUUUCUCAGAAUCUGUUACAUAUGGAUAUUUUUGAAGAUAAAAGUAAGAUUUCCUCCCAUG